AUGUCCAGACCAAAGAGACACGGGGGGCACAUCUUGCCCGAAGACGUCCACUUCCCUCCUGCCUCUGCCCCGAUGCCCGAACCUUACGGCCAAUCAGGCCUAUACCGGUCUAACAACCCAUAUCAAGCCCACUCCGGACAGUCUUACCAGCCGGCCUCGCAGUACCCCGGAUCUCAAGCUCCCACUCCAUCCACCCCUCAAAGCCGUAAGCCUCGCCAUGGUGGUACACUGUUACCGGAGGAACACUAUCCGGAGAAGGGUUCUGCCACUGCUGAAACUAUGAGCAUUCACUCUAAGACCGCAUCCAAUGAGUCACCACCACGUAAGCGACAUGGUGGUUCCAAAACCCCGGAAGUGGAUGUGGACAAUAUCUCUCAGGCUCGGGGCCUUUCACUGCUGCACGCUCCGCCGCAGAUUGUUCGCAAUCCACCCUUGGGGCAUCAUUCCCCCUCGCCCUCGUACACGACCAACGAGAAGGGCUAUGCUAAUGAAACUGUUGUGGAAUAUCCAUAUGCUGUCACGACCAACAGCUCACAACAGCCACUUCAACGCAACCCAGCCCCACCACCACCACCACCUCAUCCUCACGCUCAAGGACCGCGGCGAAAGCUACACCAAAUCGGCUACCGCAACAUCUGGCAUCCCACGUCCGUUUUCCGCUGGUGGAAAGCGGUCCAUUUCCACAAGAAGGCCAAUCUUCAGUACGGCAGCACUCGCCACCGCCACCGUGAUGCCGCUGGGCGAGUAUAUGAGGGAGUCGAUGAAGAACGUUUCAUCCUCACCGAUGAUGUACAUCUCGCCCGCAUGAUGGUGCAGUCCACUGACGAUAUCUACAAAGGUGACAGUGGGGCCACAUGGCGUCGUACCUUUAUUCGCAACAAGGCGCCGCUAAUGAUCAGGUUGGCGAACUGGCCCACCAACUCUGGCCCCCCUGAUAGGAAGGAUUGGACAAAUGCAGAUUGGACUCGAGUUGUCUUGAAAUGGCCUGUUGCGUGUCUUGGACUGUGCAUCGCUUAUCUCAAGCUUGGACCGGCCUAUAGCUAUUAUCCCACCGGCAUGAAGUAUCCUGCACUUACCUAUAAGUACUGGGGCUACGCAAAAGUCUCCCGCAACGCCUUGGAGAGUCUCGAUGCCCAGAGUGCCGAGGGCGCAUCUAUCGACGCCACUCAUCCCAUCGCUGAACGACCACUGAAUCCACGGUGUCUAUGGAUCCAGGACCCAUCCACCAAGUCAUGGGAGAAGGUGAUCGUCGAGAAAUGGCUCGGUGAGGGCUCGCAGAAACUAUGCAUUCCAUUCAUCCUGGUUGCAUACACGGCCAACCAGUUCGACCACGAUUCCCAAUCUGACAUCAACGCACUACAUCAGAUCGCCCGGGAGGCUGCGGCCGAUGCUGGAGUCGAAGCCUAUUGGUGUGCCGACUCUUGCAUGUCGUCCGACCCAGAUGAGAUGGAACAAGACGUGUAUAGAAUCAGCGACGUCAUCCGUGCCGCCUAUUCUUUGACCAUCGCGCUCAAGCAGCCCAGCACUGCCAGCAGAGCAUUGACGGAGGACGCGCUGCUGAAAGAUUGGGGUUCUCGGAUGUGGACUCUGCCCGAAGCACUGCUUGGGCCCAAAGAUCAACCAGUGAGGAUGUACCGCUCGCACGGUGGCAACGUCAAUUUGGUUCGCAGCGCAGAUCGACGCCAGCUACCAACCCUGCUCUGGGCUGAUGCUCCCCUGACACGGCAGCUCGUCGACCAUUAUGAGGGUAAUAUCACUUUGUCCCGCUUGGAGCUAGUGAUCUUGGCCUUGAAAGCGCUGUCCGUGCGAAGCAGCUCACCUUACCUCAAGGGAGACUUGGCUUACAUUCUGAUGGGCCUCCUGCGUCGGCGGCCGCAUGUCGACGGCACUGACUCGCAAUUCCAGGCCUUUGCGAGACUGUCCCUGGCCAACGACAGCGAUCGUUUGUUGGAGCGUCUGCUCUGCGUUCAGCCCCUUCGGGAGGACCAGCCUUGGCUGUUGACCGAUGACGCUUAUCAUGUCAACUUGUGGGACAUCGAGCCCACGUGCCAGAUCGCCAGCAUCUGCGACAAUGACACGGUUGUCAUCGAUGGCUGUUUCGGAGCCGCCAUUCGGUGGGAGACCUUCUAUGCACCAUGGCAUCAGACCAACAAUAGCUGGAAGCGCCUCUGCGCAGACCUGACUGUCCGCGGGUUUACAAUCCUCUGGCUUAUCGCGUUGUUGGUAUUGAUCAUUGGUGCCCUGCAAAAGGCAGCGGUGUCUUCGCUCAGCAAGCGACAGUACAACUAUGGCUAUACCUACACGAGCACAUUUGCGUCAGCUGGGCCCAAUUCGCUCAUCGUUGCGGGUGGCGUGCUCCUUGGCUUGUCUACACCUUGCUGGCUUCUGAGCCCCUGGCUGACUCGCAUCUUGUUUGGUGGCAAGGCAUGGAAUGUUGCACCGUUCCUCUUCGGCUUCGAAGGCUACCUCGACAUUGAGACAAUCGAGUCCAUGGUCUACGGUUUCCCAUCUGGCCGCCUCAAGUGGAGUGUUGCCGGAAGUCCACUGAGUCGCCAUCGCAAAAACGAAUUUGGGGAAUGUAUUGGUGACGAUCCGACCAAGGAUCCUGCCGUUAUGGAAAAGGUCAAGAGAGCGCGAGAUGCUGGCUUUGGUGACAUGAGAAUCUUCACACUGGUUGACACACGGAAUGGACUAGUUACCAUGUUCCAAGCCGUUCGGCCUCCCUCGGCGGUGCUCUUCUGCGCACAAGAGGGUGGCAUGCAGAGGGCCGUCAUGGUCAGCCUUGACUUCAAGUCCAGCACUUUGUUUAGGGAGACGGUACUUCGGAUGCCAACGGUCAUGAUCCAGGACAUGUGGCGUGUGGAUCGGGUCAGGGUCGGAUUGAGGCGGCCGGUGGAGGAUGUGCUACGAUGCGUGGAAGUCUGA